AUGGCGGUGGCGGAACCGGAAGAUGCCACCAAGCUGGCAGACUACAUGCAGGCUGUGGUCCGAAAAGCUGCAGACACGACGAGGCCACCUGUGACGUACGGCUACAAGGCAGAUCCGGCCAUGGGGGUCGGCUACUGGAUGCAGGAGACCAUCAAAUGCAAAGUCCUGGAGAAGCCAAUGGUAGUCCCCUCCGGCUUGGACCACCACCAGGGCUACCGGGUGCUGUUCUCCUACUGUAGCGAGGACGGUGUGAAGCACAUGUUGGAGGGAGCUCUCCCACCGACGCUCCCUGCCACGGAGAAGGAGCCCGCGGAUUUCCAGAGCCUCGCAGACAUUGCGAACAACUUUGGGGCCAAAGAUCCGGAGGCUGCGUCGAAGAACUCGGAGUUCUGCGUUGCUUUUUGCGUACCCGGGGAGCUGGCAGCGAAAGUGGAUACCCCAGGAAGGGAUAUAUGGAUGAUCCGCUUCGACCAGGACUUGGUCUCUCCUUUCUUGCAGGCAGCCAAGGAAGGAAAUGUGAAGAAGCUCGAAGCGGGUUUGGAUGCCGGUGUGCCAGGCAACGUGGUGGAUGAGCACGGCGUCAGUGCCUUGAUGAUGGCUGCAUUCAUGGGCAGCACUCCGGCAUGUGAGGUGCUUCUGAAGAAGGGUGCAGAGGUGAAUCACCAGGAGCGCCACGGCAAGAGGUCGGCCCUGAUGUUCGCCUCGCAGGGAGGUCAUCUCGACGUCGUGAAGACUCUCUUGACAAACAAGGCUGACACAUCGCUGACCGAUUCGGAGAUGCAGACGGCGCUUCACUGGGCAGCUGUUGGUGGAAGGACCGAAGUGGCGCGACUCCUCGCCAGCCUCGGCCAGAAGGAUGCAAAGAACGAGCAGGGCAAUACGGCGGCGCAGGUGGCAGAGAAGAUGCAACACAAGGAGACAGCGGCCGCCCUGAUGUAG